AUGGCCUGCUAUAAUCUGAAAGCAAUUACCAUUAAUGGGGUGAAUUUUCGUGCAACUUCUGAGUCAUUAAACUCGUCGAAAAGACUAGGUUUUGCUAUGCACUCGCAAACUGAUAGAGGUUUGAUAGUGUGCUCAGCAAUAGGUCAUAAUACACUGAAUUCAGAUGAAAGUUGUUCGAGUAAUCCGACAAGAAGUUCGGACAUUUUGAGGUUAAUUAAUCAAUGUGAAAAAACAUUAGCAAGUUCAGGGAAAUUUGGGAGGUUUGGAGGAAUUUUUGUGCCAGAGACACUAAUUACUUGUUUGAAGAAGCUUGAAGCUGAAUUCAAAUGGGUUUUACAUGAUCCUGAGUUUCAGAUGGAACUGUCGAUAGCGCUGAAGGACUACGUAGGCCGAGAAACUCCUCUAUACUUUGCCGAUAGGCUCACUAGUUAUUACAAGAAUGAAAAUGGAGAAGGACCAGAGAUUUACCUAAAGAGAGAAGAUCUCACUCAUGGUGGAGCACACAAGAUCAAUAACGCUAUCGCUCAAGUAAUGCUCGCUAAACGCAUGGGGCGCAAAAUAAUCGUCGCUGCAACAGGCGCAGGCCAACAUGGGGUUGCUACGGCAGCGGCAUGUGCUAAACUAGGCUUGGAUUGUACAAUAUUCAUGGGCAAGAUAGAUAUGGAGAGACAAUCAUCCAAUGUACUCUUAAUGAAACAUCUAGGUGCUGAGGUCAAAUCCGUUGCCGGAACUUUUAAGGAUGCGACGUCAGAAGCAAUCCGGAACUGGGUUGGAAACCUAGAGGGCAGCUAUUACUUGGCAGGUACUGCAGUCGGGCCUCACCCAUGCCCGAGCAUGGUUCGGGAAUUCCAAACUGUGAUUGGAAAGGAAACCAGAAAACAGGCUAUGGAGAAAUGGGGUGGAGAGCCAGAUGUACUGGUUGCCUGUGUAGGGAGUGGAUCAAAUGCCCUGGGAUUGUUUCAUGAAUUUAUAAGAGAUGAAAAUGUGAGAUUGAUUGGAGUUGAAGCUGCUGGAAUUGGAAUUGAUAGUGGGAAACAUUCAGCAACUUUGGCAAAAGGAGAAGUGGGUGUUUAUCACGGGACUAUGAGUUAUCUUUUGCAAGAUGAUGAAGGCCAGAUUAUUGGACCAUACUCAGUAGGUGUCGGGCUGGAAUACCCAGGGGUUAGCCCAGAGCUGAGUUUCCUCAAAGACAUUGGGCGUGCAGAGUUUUACACAGUCACAGAUGAAGAAGCCCUGGAAGCAUAUACACGGCUAUGCCGACUGGAAGGGAUUUUUCCGGCAUUGGAGGCUGCUCACGCAUUAGCAUACCUGGAAAAACUUUGCCCUGAUUUAGCCAAUGGUACUAAGGUGGUCGUAAAUUGCAGUGGCCGGGGCGACAAGGAUGCUGCAACGGUCUUUAAGUAUCAAGAAGACAAGAUCAAACGUGGGCGCAAGGAAUCAAAUUGA